AUGUGGGCUGCUCAUCCUUCUUAUAACAAUUACAUUGCUGAUCUAUGGAAAGGGAUCUCUCAUUCUGACCCCUUAAUCAAGCUAAGCUUACUGCAAAUCAAGAUUGCUAAAGCCCUCAAAAGUUGGAGCUGGAACACUUUUGGAAAUGUCCAUACCACAGUUCAGAAGGCUGAAGAGGAAGUUAAAGCUCUGGAGAGGGGGGGACAGCUUGGUAUUGAGGAGGAGAAAAAGCUGCUGACUGCUCAGAACUACCUCCUUAGUGCCAUUGAUUAUCAGGAAAAAAUUCUUAAACAGAAGGAAUCCAUGAAUAUUUUCACUGAUGGGGAUAGAAACACUAGAUUCUUUCAUGCCUACAUCAAAUAUAAAAGAAAAUGCAAUACCAUCCAUGCUAUUCAAAAUGCUAAUGGCCAGUGGUUACAAAACAAUAAUGAUAUAGCUAAUGAUGCUAUAUGUUAUUAUAAAGAUCUACUCAAUCAGGACCACCACUUCAGACCCCAUAUUGAGAAGGAACACUUCAUGGAAGAACUGAACUACACUACUGGUCUCAAGUUGACAGAUACCCCCACUGAAAAUGAAAUAUGGAAUGCAAUUAACUCCAUUGAUAGCAGCAAGUUUGCUGGCCCUGUCAUUUCAGACCCAUCUGUUUAA